UUGACAGGACUUUCUGGGACGAGAAGGGAGAGCAGUGUUGCAGAGAUGGCGGGAGUGAGAAGGUGUGCGCCGAUUUUUACGAUAGGUGUGGUGUUUAUUGUAUGUGUUAAUUCCCAAGAAUCGCGGUUAGAUGCAGGCCAAUUUCGAGAAGGUGUCAACACCGUGCAGAAGUGGCUCAUUGAUUUGCAUGCAAACAAGACUCAUUCCAGCAUCCUCAAGACGGACUUCAGUGGCAACAAGUCCGUCAAUAUCAAACCAGUGAAGCCUCUCGAACUGGUUCGCAAGAUGGCGGAAGACAUCCAGAGUUUACUGACGUCGAAGAGGAACGCUCUGCAGAAAAUCGUGGACCACUUGGAAGACGCCACCACAACCUACCUGUGGAGUGACGAACUGACCCUGAACAAGUCUAGGCCUCUUCUGAUGAAGAACCUGGACCCACACAACACUUCCCACGAGAUGGCCUACGACGAGAAGCUGGGUGUGGAAGUCCACAACCAGUCGGGGAUCCACGUCCCUCUGGAGGUCUACGAAGGAUGGUUAUGGGCCAACAUCAGGGAGCAUAGGGAACAGGAUCCAGAAAUUUUGAACGGACUGGAGUGGUCCUCGACCCUCGACCAGGUCUUCAGGGAGAACUUCGAGAGGGACUCGACGCUCAUGUGGCAGUACUUCGGGGCGCAGACGGGCUUCAUGCGCGUCUACCCUGCUACCAGAUGGAAAGUCCCCCCUAAUCUGAUCGACUUGUACGACGCUCGCAUUCGGCCAUGGUAUGUGCAAGGAUCCGUUCCGCCGAAGGAUAUGAUCAUUCUGAUGGACAGAAGCGGCAGCGUUCACGGCCAAACGUUCUCCAUCAUGAAGUGGGCUGUUAAAACUCUCAUCGACACAUUAGGGGAAAACGAUUUCGUAAAUGUAGCAGCUUUCAACGACACAACUGAAUGGGUGAACAACUGCACGUAUUGCAAAGCUAACGAGACACGGCAGGAAAACAAGGACUGCUGUCAGCCGUUGGUGCAAGCGAGCACCAGGAACAAGAAGCUCCUUUACCGCGCCAUUGACGAUCUGGAGGACGGGGGGAUGGCCAGUUAUUCGGAGGCUCUGAUCUUUGCUUACAAAGCCUUCAAAGAGUUUGAGCGUACGCGGAAGGUGGGUGAAGGUGCCAACUGCCACAAGACCAUCAUGUUAUUCAGUGACGGAGGAACUGAAUGGCCGGAGGAUGUGUUCAGAAGAUAUCUGGCUGACAACGACACCAAGAAUGUGCGCGUCUUCACGUACGCAGUUGGCCCCCAUCCAAUUCCAACUGCCGUUUUGAAGCAAAUGGCUUGCUCGACGGGUGGGCAAUACUCGGUCAUUACCACAAGCAGCAGCGUUAGAACCAAAAUACAGGAGUCGUACACAAGUUUGCAAACUCCGGCUCAGCCACUGAGGGGAAAGCAUGGUGAACAGUACACAACUGCUUAUACGAGUGCCGUGACUGAGGAAAUGACCAUCUCACUCACGCGGCCUGUCUACAACAUGUCCGACUAUGCUAACACUUCCGAAUUACUGGGCGUGGCCGGAAUAGACGUUCCCAUACAAACCUUGAAGAACCUCUCUCCUUUCGAAGCCUUGGGUCCCAAUGGCUAUGCAUUCAUCAUUAACCACAACGGUUUUUUGGUGAUGCAUCCCCGGCUCGGUCGUCAGUUAUCGUAUCUCUUGGGUCCUCCGCACAUAGACCUCCUGGACGUGGAGGAGGACGUGGGCGAGAUGGAGGCCAUCAGGAACAACAUGGUGAGGGGAAGCAACGGCCAGAAGGUGAUCGUUGGAAAGAUUCGCAUCGACGAUUCUCAUCGUGUUGCGUACAGCGGCAUCCAGUAUGAUUAUUCGCCCAUACAGAACUCAUCUUACAGCCUUGGUCUCCUGACCUUGAAGAGGUCUCAGCACUUGAUCAUCGAGGACCACGAGGCUUUGUGGGACGAACAACCUAAUGUGACCUGCACAGUCGUAGCACCUUGGCCUUACUGCAGGGGACGCGAAGGGGUCACCCAAGAGGAGAAUCUGGCUACGCUGAUGGAUGACAUCUUCCAGAGGAAAAAGUCCUGUAAUGAUAAGUUGGUACAAGGCCUCGUUUGGUCUCAGCGCUGGACGAAGCCAUUGCUAGAUAAAUGGAUGACGGAACGGGUCUCGUCGCAGGAUAUCAUAGGAAGAGCUGUCUUCACUCGGUUUGGUUUGACCAGGUUCUUCCCAGAAAGCCAAAAAGCCGGCGCUGCCAAAUGGCGCGAUCCCCUGAACAACCCGGCACUGCGGAGAGCAGAAAUCACCGGCUCGGUUUCUGUCAUCCCUCAUACGCAAGGGGCGUUCCUCUCCGCCCCGAUCUCUGUCAAGAAGAAUAACGAAGAAGUGGUGGCUGGAGCUGUUGGCGUAAACCUGACCUCCACUUAUCUGAGCCAGAGUUUCAAGCAAAGUCUGAGGCACAUCUGGAAGAACGAAGACAUCUUGUGGAUCCUCGUCGACGACGGUGCUAUAGUGACGUCGAACAGGGCAGAGCUUCACGGCGUUGUCCUUCAAGGCGUGUUCCUAGGCGACCUGAAUAUGCCUCUGCUGAAGCAUCUAAAAGAUGCUGGCGUUUACAACAUGGAUCAUGAGGUCGACACUCAAGCCCUCUGCAGCGAUCGGCACAACUGGAACAACGCUGGCCCGAGCAGUUACCGAAUCCCAAAUCCUUUGACCUUGCUGGCGAAUGUUCUCUUAGAGGCCUUUUCUUGGGCCGAUUACUUCAGGUAUAUUAUUUACAGCGGGGUGUUAGCUCUACUAACACCUCACGAGGCCUUUUCGGAAUGGGGCAUGACCCGGAUUGGCGACCAGGAGUCCUGUAUUAUGGAGAAAACCAUCUAUUACUUCGGUGAAACAAACACUUUCACGGAUUUCAUGAAAUGCAGCAACUACUCUGCCGAGUUUAGAGCUACGCGUCUGGAGUCCAUCAACGCUCUCCUGGUUGCCAUCGACAUCGGGGAUGGCAGCCCGGAAUGUGGCGUGCAGUCUUAUUUGCCGAGUAUUGUGCCACAAAGGGUCACUGUCGUUGACCCCUGCUCCUACCAGGAUAGAUUCAGAGAAAGGCCGCCUACUUGCCUCAUGGGGAAUUCGACGGCUGGCAAACUAGGCUGCAGCGGAUGCCCCCGCCAGUUGCAAAGCUCCCUGGCGUUAAUGUUGACAGCUCUGGGAAUGUGCAGGAUGUUUCUUCACAUGGGCCUCGAACACUGAGUUAUAAAUCGUUCUGCACAAUAAAUGUUGAGCCUUAGCACUGAUUACUCAAAAGUUAAUAUAAAAAAAGAGGACAGAUUAUUCUUGAUGUGCGUUAUAUGUUUUCUAGGAGAUUUGUAAAUACGCCUGUUGGUUGUCUGUAUUUUUCAGGUUAUCAUUUUUAUCAGGAGCGUCAUUGACGUCGGCGGGAUUCUAUUUGUAGUGCGUAUUCGACGGAGCAGAGCUUAUGCACAAAAGGACCAGAGAGAAAUGAUCACCUAAACCAUUUUACGAACAUUUGAAAAAAUGUAAUUGACCAUUCUCAAAAGACAUUCCCUCUAAUGUUUGUUUCCAGUGAGGUACAAAUAGUAUAUUGGUCUUUUAAUGAUAUUUCAGAUAAUAUGAAGAA